GUCACUGAUGGAAAAAUCGAUAAAAUUCAAGGUGUUAUACUGAUUGAUCCUGAAAUUCUUCAAGACAAAAAGGUCUAUGGACAGGUGACAUUGACUUUUCGUUACGGCAGAGAAGACGAAGAAGUAAUGGGAUUGAAAUUUUGUAAUGAGGCCAUUAUGUCUCUUGCUCAACUUUAUCCACCUUAUUAUCCAGGUGAUCGCCAAGAGCUUACCACUCCAUUUCAGGAUGUUUUAGUUAAAAGAUUUCAUCCGGAUGCGCAUGCCUUUACAAUGACAGUGACACCCUUGGCACCACCUUCGGUUCAGCUUGUACCGGCUAAAGAAUAUAAUGGGGCACCAAUAGGAACGAGUUACGACAUUCGAGUUUACGUAGCCGAGAGACCAGAUGAAAAAUUAACGCGAAAAAUGCAACUCAUCCGAAUGGGAAUUCGAGUGAUUCAAGGAGCCAACACAAUCCCUCCGCCAAAAAAUUCCAUUUACGACCUUCCAAGCGCAACUGAAUCAAGUCCUGGAACAAGAACAACGUCUCCAUUACUCAGCGCCAAAUCACAAUUGGACAAAAAAAGCAGCAGUGCCGAGGACAAAAUUGAAAUAAAGGCUGGGGAAGAUUCGCCAAUUCCUCACGCAGUGGUGGAAAAGCAAUUUCUGCUAACCGACGGCCGAGUUAGGCUCGAGGCCAGUCUUGAUCGGGCAACUUACAAUCAUGGGGAUUCAAUUACGGUGCAAAUCAAUGUCACCAACAACAGCAACAAAUCAAUCAAAAGAAUCGAGAUGGAUAACGAGUGCAAAGUGACGGGCAAUGACGCCAUGCUUGUAUAG